AUGGCGAACAACGAAUCAGUAACAUCUGUUCAAACCAAUACACAAGCUACUGCUAAACACGUAUCAAACUUUUCCGAGAAUGCAGUUGAAAACCGACGUAUUAACAUGCAAAGAAUACAAAAUGUCCUCCUUAUUUGGUUGGACAACAAUAUUAAUAAAAAUGAUGCUGAUUGUGAUAAUACAAUCAAGCAAUUGAAACGUGUUGUUAACAAUAUAAACACAUUUACAGAUGGUGAAGAAUGCAUUGAAUUUAUUCAAACCACCACCAAUAACAAAGUAUGCAUGAUUGUCUCCGGGUCACUUGGAAAAUACAUUGUGCGUCAUGUGCAUGACAUGUUCCAAGUAGACACCAUUUUGAUUUUUUGUAACAAUCAAGAAUGGCAUAAACAGUGGGCCAAAGAAUGGCCUAAAAUAAAAGGAGUCUUCACAGAUAUAACAUCAAUCUGUGAAGCUCUCAAACAAACUGCUCAUCAUUGUGAGCAAAAUGCCACUUCAAUCAGUUUUGUGGCGCCAAACGCGAAAUUGGAUCAAUUAGAUCCAUCAUUUAUGUACACUCAGAUUUUGAAAGAGAUCUUAUUCACCAUCACCUUCGAAGACAAACAUUUCAAAGAAUUUAUUACCUAUUGUCGUGAAGUAUUUGUCGAAAAUGAGUAUGAAUUACAUAAUAUUGAAAAAUUAGAACGUGACUAUCAUGAUCAAAGGCCUAUUUGGUGGUAUACUUAUCAAUCUUUUUUAUAUUCGAUGCUUAAUCAAUCAUUAAGACUAAUGGACGUUGAUAUUAUUCUUCGAAUGGGGUUCUUUAUGAAUGAUCUACAUCGUGAUAUUCAACGACUUCAUUCGGAACAAUUUCAUGGUGAACAAUCUAAUAAAACAUUUACAGUUUAUCGUGGACAAUGUCUUUCCAAAGAAGCUUUUACUGAAAUGACAAAUACUAAAGGUGGACUUCUUUCAUUUAAUAACUUUUUAUCAACUAGUAAAGAUCGUGAUGUUUCUCUCUUAUUUGCACCACAAGUUGCUACAAAUCCUGAUCUUGUUGGAGUUCUAUUUGUUAUAUCAAUUAAUCCUACUCAUUCAACAACUCCAUUUGCUUGUGUUAGUGAUGUUAGUUAUUUUCAUACAGAAGAUGAAGUUCUCUUCUCUAUGCAUACCGUUUUUCGUAUUGGAGAUAUUCAUUCAAUGGAUGGAAAUAAUCAUCUCUAUGAAGUGAACUUAGCAUUGACCAAUAACAACGAUGAAGAUCUUCGUGCUCUCACUGAUCGUAUACGACAAGAGACUUUUCCAAAUUCGACAGGAUGGUACAGAUUAGGUGAAUUAUUAAUUAAAAUGGGUCAGUUUACCAAAGCUCAAGAAGUGUAUGAAGUUUUACUUAAUCAAACAACAAAUGAGAGUGAGAAGGCACCGAUUUAUUAUCAACUAGGUUGCAUCAAAUUUAAUCAAGGAGAAUAUCAAGAAGCCCUUUCAUCUCAUAAAGCAGCUCUUACAAUUCGACAACAAUUACUUCCUUCGAAUCAUCUUUAUUUGGGAGACUCCUAUCAUAGAAUUGGUAUUGUAUAUUACAGCAUGGGUGAUUAUCCAAAAGCACUUUCUUAUUAUGAGAAAGCCUUUGCAAUUCGACAACAAUCAUUUCCUCCCAAUCAUCCUGAUUUGUCUCAUUCCUAUAGCAACAUCGGUGGUGUGCAUCACAAAAUGGGUGAUUAUUCAAAAGCACUUUCUUAUUAUGAAAAAGCCCUUGCAAUUCGACAACAAUCACUUCCUUCUAAUCAUCCUGAUUUAGGUGCUUCUUAUAACAACAUCGGUUUGGUGUAUUACAACAUGGGCGAUUAUCCAAAAGCACUUGCUUAUUAUGAAACAGCUCUUGUAAUCAAACAACAAUCACUUCCGUCAAAUCAUCCUCAUCUGGCUAUAUCCUAUAACAACAUCGGUUUGGCACAUUAUAACAUGGGUGAUUAUACAAAAGCACUUUCUUAUUAUGAGAAAACCCUUGCAAUUAAUCAACAA